GAAGCCCCGCCCCUUCCGGCGCCGCUCCCGCCCCGUUGCCCGCCCCCAGCCCGGCCCGGCGGUAAGAUGGCGGCGGCGGCCGAGUGCGAUGUGAUCAUGGCGGCGCCCGAGGGACCCGGCGAGCCCGAGAGCGAAGAGGAGGCGCGGAGAGAAGCAGAAUCAUUCAAGGAACAAGGAAACGCGUACUAUGCCAAGAAAGAUUACAAUGAAGCGUACAACUAUUACACGAAAGCCAUAGAUACCUGUCCUAAUAAUGCCAGUUAUUAUGGUAACAGAGCUGCCACACUCAUGAUGCUGGGGAGAUUCCGAGAAGCCCUUGGAGAUGCUCAACAGUCUGUCAGAUUGGAUGAUACCUUUGUAAGGGGCCAUCUACGGGAAGGGAAGUGCCAUCUUUCCCUAGGGAAUGCCAUGGCUGCCAGCCGCUGCUUUCAACGAGUUUUAGAACUGGAUCAUAAGAAUACCCAGGCGCAGCAAGAGCUGAAGAAUGCCAGUACUGUGCUGGAGUAUGAAAAAAUAGCUGAAGUGGAUUUCGAGAAACGGGAUUUCAGGAAGGUUGUAUUUUGCAUGGAUCGUGCUUUGGAGUUUGCUCCUGCUUGUCACCGGUUCAAAAUCCUCAAGGCUGAAUGUUUAGCGUUGUUGGGUCGCUACCCAGAAGCACAGUCUGUAGCGAGUGACAUCUUGCGAAUGGACUCAACGAACGCAGAUGCUCUGUACGUCCGAGGUCUCUGCCUGUAUUAUGAGGACUGCAUUGAGAAAGCGGUGCAGUUCUUUGUCCAAGCACUCAGAAUGGCUCCUGAUCACGAGAAAGCAUGUCUUGCAUGCCGGAAUGCCAAAGCGCUUAAAGCAAAGAAAGAAGACGGGAAUAAAGCGUUCAAAGAAGGAAACUACAAACUAGCGUAUGAACUAUACACAGAGGCACUAGGAAUAGAUCCAAAUAACAUCAAAACAAAUGCCAAACUCUACUGCAACCGAGGAACGGUGAAUUCAAAGCUUAGGAAACUUGAAGAAGCAAUAGAUGACUGCACGAACGCGGUAAAACUGGACGACACGUAUAUCAAAGCCUACCUGAGGAGAGCACAGUGUUACAUGGACACAGAACAAUAUGAAGAUGCUGUAAGAGACUAUGAAAAGGUUUAUCAGACAGAAAAGACGAAAGAACACAAGCAACUUCUAAAGAACGCACAGGUGGAACUGAAAAAGAGCAAACGGAAAGACUACUAUAAAAUCCUUGGGGUUGACAAAAACGCCUCUGAAGACGAGAUCAAGAAGGCUUACAGGAAAAGAGCACUAAUGCAUCAUCCAGACCGACACAGUGGGGCGAGCGCGGAAGUACAGAAGGAAGAGGAGAAGAAAUUUAAGGAGGUUGGUGAAGCUUUUACCAUCCUGUCGGAUCCCAAGAAGAAGGCCCGCUACGACAGCGGGCAGGAUCUGGAAGAGGACGGAUUGAACAUGGGAGACUUUGAUGCAAAUAAUAUCUUCAAGGCCUUCUUCGGAGGGCCGGGUGGCUUCAGUUUUGAAGCUUCUGGGCCUGGAAAUUUCUUUUUCCAGUUUGGCUAAAAAAAACAAAAAACAAAAAACCAAACAAAAAAAACAAAACCAAACCCAAACGCACGUACCUGAUCUGCUAUUUUAACCUUGAAUACGGACAUACUUAGACUCCUUCCUUCAUCAUGUCUCAUUGUACUUAGAGCAGUUUCAUUUUUCUCGGUUGGAGACCUCUGUUUUGUGUGCUCUUGUGUGUGAAGAGGAAACCAGCUCGGGGAGGGGAAGGCUUGUGAAUUUUGUUUUACUGUUAACUUUAUUAAAAAAAAAAAAAAAAAAAAAGGAGAAAAAAAAAAAAAUAAAGCUUUGAAUCUUUUGGUCCCUCCAUGCUGGCCCGUACUUUCAGGCUGCUCCUGCUGCUCGGCAGAGAGCGGUUUUUCCCCGAACUCCUCCCAGAAUAUCGACUUGUCGGAAGGUGAAGGCAUCUCCCGGUUUCUCUCGGUUGGCUCCGAAGUGCGGUGUGGCAGCAUGUCUGGGCUUUGUGGUAACUUGUGAGUUCUCUUCAUCUACUGAAAACGUUGCCAAGAUUCAAUCGAGUUUCGCACCAUGGUGUUGUACCUGCCAGCUGUCUCUUUUUUUUUUUCUUUUUUUUUUUUUUUUCUUGCCAUGGUUCUACCAGAACGGUACACAUGGGCAUUAACCUGAACGAUAACGUGUGAGCUAAACAGUGAAGUGAAUCUUUGGAUUUAAACGAGCAGCGUAUGUGAGAAUUCCCUGUGAUGCAGCUCAGAACUAAGGGCUUUGUGUUUCCACUCCAAGAAUUGUCCUGUCGAAGGGAAUAUUGAAUUUGCUCUGGGCUGAAUUUCAUCACCGUAUGGUUUUUGGGUUGGUUUUUUUUGUUGUGUUUUUUUUUUUUUUUUAAUUAAUCCACUUGAACUUUUAAUAUUUGUGCUAAAACUUGAUUUUUGUCGAGCCUGAUGUUUGAUUUCGUGUUACUGAUCCGUAAUGCGGAUGAGCUCUUUCUAGCUCUGAAGAAAUGCAAAGUAAUAUUCAGGUUACUAAUUGCAAACGGCGACUGUGUGCGUGCCGCGGUGUGCUCUCAAAAUGUUUACAGCAACUCUGCGAUUAUGUUAAACGAGUCGAGUAGUUUUUCAGCUAGAAGUGAUUUCCUAGUCCAAAGAAGCAAGAAAAUGCAAAGUCACGCUCGGAGCUGACGGUCUGUCACUUGCUUCUCUUGCACAAGCGUCGGGACGGGGACGGGCUCGGAGCCGGGCGCUGCCGGUGCCAGCUGAGAACGGAUUUGGUUGGUGGCGCUGCCAGGUAACGCCGCUGCUGGUUUGGUUUUGUCCUUGACUGUAGAGUUACAGCAAGAUCCCAGCUGGGAGAGGACUCUGCUUCCAGAAUUCUUCCCAUUUCCCUGCGAGCAAAGAACUCUUAGCCCAGGUGCUCCGCUCGCGUUCAGCGCUGGGGGCUCCGGGCGGCCCCGCUCCGGAGCCGGGGUGGGACAGUGUGUUGGCGCUCGGCGAUGCCCGCGAGAAGGGCAGAGUCUCGGCAGCGGCGCCGUGUCCGGAGCGCUUUGAACCGGCCCGCGGUGGCGUAGGGACCUUUGGGGACGGGGUCGUGCUUGGCUGAGAAAACGGGUGUUGGCGCAAAUCCCCACGGGCUCUUUCCUAGAGAAACCCGACGCUAACUUUUAUAUGUCGUAUCCGAUCCAACUUCUUACUGCAGGAACAAAAACUGCAAUGAGUUCAUUGCAUGAAAUGGUGACUCUGAAUGCUGACAUCUUUGUCUUCCUUCCUUUCGAGGGCUGCGCUCCUCCUGUUCGGUGCACGGUCGCUGGACUGCGACGCGAGUUCCCUUCGCUCCCAGCGGGCGCAAUAGUGUCGCGGCGCGACGGGCCCGUGCUCGCGCUGUGUCAGAAUUCUUGACAAUCUGCUUUCAUAGAGGGAAGAUUUAAGGGCUUAAAUUCUAGUACUGCAGAAUAAAGCAAGUAUUUUAUAACUCGCUCGAAAGUCAGCUUUUAAAAUGAGCCAGUGUUGAGUAAUGUUUCCAAAAAUAGACUCUACCACGUUUAUUUUAACUUCCUUCGCACCAGUGUAACGUGAUGGACUUACCCGGAUUGCACCGAGAGCAAACCGAGGUCCUGGCGUCCUUCAGGCUCUGAAAGGGGGAAUUCCUGGGGAGGUGAAAUACCGGUCUAUGCAUUUUGGUACUUCUCCAGUUCUCACGGCACUUGUACAUCAGAGUUUCCAGGACUGGGGUCGGGUGGCUUUCCGGAUUCAUACUGUCUUGUCCUGUGUGUGUUGAUAUUUCUGUACAGUUUGGACUCUUCUCGGUCUUUUAUCGCCGUGCAGAGACGUGUCCUGCGUUUGUCGGUGGUUUUUGUUAUUUCCCCCCCCACACACUUCCCUCCAGUUAAACUGGAGAGGUUUCCUCCUCUCCGAACUUGGGAUGAGGCCACUCCUGGGAGGACAGAAGUGGAAUGGCUUUUCUGAGAAAGUGUUAUACAGCGGAUAUUUAUAAAACUGUACAUGAAUGCAUGAUUAAAUGUAGUUAAAUAUUAAUAUGGUGAGUGCCAAGACUUUUCUAAGGAGCGUUACGAUGCGAUUCAAAGUGAAGGGGGAACACGCGUUCCCUCUCGCACAGGGCACGGGGGGGUUGAGCGGCGUUCGGUGACCCCCGUUGCCUGGGGACAACAGGGCAGUGGCCAUUGUCACCUCCAUCGCGUCCUAGCACGGCCCGGAGACACGGGGGACACUUUCUUUCAGAAAAACCUCCUCAGACGUGCGUUGCCCGAGAUGUUGUUUUUAACACUUGGUAGUUACAGAACGUUCACAGGUUGUGUUUUGUACGGGGAACCUUAGCGCCGUGUUCUUGCGGCCUCCCCGGCUUCCGCCGGCUCCCCAGGAGCUGCCAGACGGAGGAAUUUGCCGUAGAGAUAACGAAUAAGUAUCUCGAAGUGGAAUUACGCCCGUGCUUUUUCUAGAGCGGUGAAGAGCUGGCGGCUGUAGGGGAAGCGCAGCGGGACGUUGGUGCGUCGAGCCCUGUUCGGAAGCAUCCCGGUCCCCGUGCUGUGACCGUAGGGCACCGGGGGAACUCGGCAGCUGGGAGCAGCCCGUGGUGAAGCCCUUCCUUUUGAUGAGAGAGUUUCCUUCUGGAAGUCGGCCUUUGUAAUUACCGAAAGGUUUAUUUUUUUGGCGUAACGGCGAGAGCCUCGAUACGUGACCCUGAGCUGUAGCUGAGCCCGGCGCAGGCCCUGCCCCGCUCUGCUGGGGGGGGCAGCCCCAACACAGGGGGCUUGUGCCGUGUGAGGCACGGUUGCCCUUCGGCCUGGCAGCCCCCGUCCAGGGAUUCCCAAGGGGAAGGGUCGGUGCCAAGAGCUCCGGCCCGUGGGACGUAGCGGGAGGCAGCAGAGCUGCCCCGGCUGGAAGCCGGAGCGGGUGGCGUGUACGGGAGGGAGCUUCCCGCAGCCGCGAUGGAGGCAAUGGCUGCGGAACAGCUCGGUAACGGACCGGAGCGGCCUCCGGCUCCUGCUGUGGAAGUUGUCGAGUAGAGGGGGAACGGUGUGUGCGGGGAGCUGGCUCCGGCAGAGCGAGCGUGCGAAGCGGGGCCCCGCUGUCGGGACUCCGCAGCGAUUACGCGGGGACGGGGAAUUGUUUGAUUGUUGCGCUUUCCCUGGGUGGUUUUUCGCCUGGUCGGGACGCUCGCCGUGCCUGAGCUGCUGCCGGGAUAGUUUCAAACGGUGAAAUGUUGUUGCGUUCCCAUGAAAAUGGAAGCGAUUUCAUGCUCAAAAAAUGAAAACCUGCAUCAGUAACGUCAGUGCGUGGGAGGUAGUUGCAUGUGCGAUGGUCUGACCUCCAGACCUCAAAGCCUGGUGUGUGUUUUUGCUUGUGUGGAUUUACUUUACAAAUCGGACGCUGCGUCAGCCCCACCUUUUGCAGGGUGGGGGGGAUUGAGGGAAUCCUUUCCAGAGGCACCGGAGCUGGACUGGAAUCGGCUGUAAAGACCAUUAAGAUGCUUCUGGCUGCCGCUUUGACGGGCGCUUCUUUGUUUCUGCUGCAGAUGCUACAUAGGAAAGUCCGUGGUUUCGUUUGUGAACUUGGAAGUGUUGCUGUAAAGCUGGACCCUUAGCGCUAAAGGCUUCUGACUGUUCUGUAAAUACAUCGAUGCAGGUGGGGGGCGGGAAAACAAAAAAAAAGGAAGAGAUGUUGUUUCGUUUCCGAUAGGGGAAACUGGCUCCGCUGCUGUGCCCCCGCCAGUGCCGGAGGCUGCGCUCGGCCGAUGGAGUGACCAAAGCGUUCGGACCACGCAGCGGUUUGCUCUUCUUUCGAAAUUUACUUCCUCGGUUUCAAGUAAUAAGUAAAGAUAUUCACUUGUCUUCAAGUGGAUGGUUUUCAUCCCGUUUUAAAUUUGUGCCUUGUACCCUCCCCUCCCCUUUCGUAGGGAAAAGGGCGGCUCGUGUGGCCCCUCCGGGCGGCGCUGGGCUCCGGCCGGGCUGCGGGGCAGGGACCGGGCGGCAGCACUUCCCUCACCCCCCGCUCUCCAGAGGCCGCUCACGCAGCCGUUCUGGAGGUGUCCCCGCUGUCCCCGUCCACCGGGGUUUUGAGAGAUGAUGCGAAAUGCUUUGGCCUCCCUCGGGGUGCCCCGGCGUUCCCCGCGCCUGCAACCAGGGACAGGAUUAUCCCCCCUUUGAGCCACGCUGGGCAGGUUCUCGCUCGAGCGCAGCUCCGCAGGGACGCGCCGGGAGCCGGGUGCCGAGGCGCAGCCUGGGCUGUAGCACGGGGUCACGGAGCUGGAGCUCCGGCACGGCCGGGCUGUUCGGGAAGGCAGGAGUUCAGUGGGAAAAGCGGGAUGCUGCCACUGGGCGUGCAGCUUGGCUGCAGUUCUGGCAUGGCCAACCUGACCUGGAUUGCCCCCCCGUCCUCCCCCCAGUAGCUCGCGCUCCAAAAGGGAGCGGCGGGAAGCCUUGUCGGAGGGGUUGAGUGCGGAACAGCGAACCGAGCACCUUCCUUGCAUGCGUAUCGGCGGUGUUGUAACGACGUUAAGGAGUAGUCGAGACAAAACCAGGCACCGAUGUGAAGCCACCUUGGAGAGGACGCGGGGCCCUGUGCUGCAGUAUUUAUCUGAAUCGAAAUUCGGAAUGUUUACCUCAGUGUAAAUAUCUUAACCUUUCCCCUGGGAGGAAAGGAGUCUUGCAUGGAGCAAUCGCUGUCCCCAUCGCUUUGCCAAACGCGUCACCCUCUCGAAGACGGGCUUCACGUCGGUGUGACACUGUCCCUCUCCGGACCCGUACCUUUCUAGGAUGUGAAUGGUAAAAAUGUGAAUAUUUGUUGUUUACUUCAUUAGGCAUAAUUCAUAAUGAUGUGUUUAUAUGAAGAAUAUCACAGACUGAAGCAAAACCACAUGCAAUUGGUUUACUUUAUUAUAAACUGUAUAUGAUGUACAAACUAAUAAAAACUUAAAUGAC